CACAACAAAAACCAAAACCAAAACCGCAAAUAUGUCGAAAUUCGUGAUGGUUGUCCUGGCAUUUGCCGCCGUCUGCCUGAUCCUUGCCAGCGCCGCGCCAGCACCUGCCACACAGCUGUUGGAUGCACAGACAGCCAUCCAGAAGAUAAUUGCUGCCUACAAUCGUAUUCCAGGACGCUCAAUCGUCCACCCGUGGGAGGUGGCCACCGUAAUUGAUCCCAACACAUUUGUGGUCAACUAUUAAAAGGACUCUGCCCAGUGCCAUGACAACUUGUACAAAAUCUAUCUCCCAUUGCGCCACCCAUUGAUAUU